CGCGGGGUGCCCGGAGAGGCGGGUCCUCCCCCCACCACCACCACCACCACGGCUGGGCCCCGCGCAGAGGCGGGCAGGCGGCAGCGCCGCUCCAGGCCGCCCUCCUUCCUGCCUGAGGGAGACGAGGCGCCGCCAGUGUUGGCGCCCCCGCCGCCGCCUCGAGAGCGGCCUCCCGGCCCCCGCCAGACCCACCGCUCUCGCUGCUGCCGCCGCCGCCGCCGCUGCCGGGACUGUCCAGGGCCCGCGCGCCGCCGCCUCCUCGCGGCUCGCGCAUGGUGGCCGCCGCCGCCGCCUUCGCCGGGUGGGGGGAGCUGCUCUCUGGUGGCCGCCGCCAGCAGCAGCCCGCGAGGAGCCCGCCUCCGGAGGGGGGGAGGGAGGAGGAGGAGUCGGGGGGGGGCCGUCGCCCGUUCGCCUUGUCCCGCCCGGCUUGGCCCCCUCCGGUAGCGGCCUUGGCUACCUUUCAGCUGCUUGCUUUCUUCUCCACACAGCCGGGGGGGGGGGCAGCCGGGCCCAGAAGGAACCCCGCCGCCGCCCCACCCCCAGCAGCUGCAGGGCUCCUUCCUGAGGGGCAGCAAGGCACGGCCACGCACCCCCCCCCCCUCGGGGGGGAUUUCUCUCUCACACACAGACCCCCCCUACAAGUUGAGCAUGCACCCCUAACCCCCCCACCCCCUGCGACCCAGGGGCAGUCUUUUCAGCCCAGGUGGGCUCCUGAGGGCACACACAGCCCCUGGGCUGGCCUCCAACUGGGGCCCAGAGGCCUGGGCAGGGGCAUUUCUCAAGACCCCCCUCCGCAUAGGCCCACCCCACACAUUUCCCCCCCCCACACACACACACACCACCCUGGACAGACUGAAGAAGAUUUGGGGAGGCCCCGGACUUGGGCCCAGGAGGCCAGGGGUAAGAGCGCCUCUGCCUUCAGCCUGCAUAGAGUGCCUGACACAGGCCAGUCUCUCGGGGCACAUCUCGUCUCCUGUUAUUUGCAGUGCGUCGUGCGCAACACAUGGGCAGUCGUGCGCUUCCUAGCUGCAUUUCAGAGAGCCUGGACCCAGCUUCAGUUUUAAAAUGAACCCAGAACUCAGGGCAACGUGCAUGGUCUCUUCCUACUGUCUGGAUCCUCCCAACAACCCUGUGAGCAGCGGUGCUCUCCUGGAUCAUCAGGCUGCUGAGGCCUCUCGAGUCCAACAUCCACUGUUAACCACUGGGAAGCCCACAACGCAGGAAAUGAAGACAUGCCCCUCUCCUGCUGUUGUUCUGCCACUGGCUUGCAAAUUUUGAGCAGAGAAGACGGAGUGGAGAGAGAAGGAGUGGAGAGAGAAGUUCCUCCUUGUAUCGUACACAUAAGUACUUUUCCUGCAGCAGCAACGAGAGCAGAUGGAGGGGGUUGUGAUGAUCUCCUUGCAGUUCUCCUCCCGGUUUGGCACACCUGGGGUGGGCGAGGGACAUCAGGAGCAUGAGAAGCAGUGUGGGGUAGUAGCCGGAAUAAUGGGUUAGGAGGACUGAGAGACUCUGCUUCAGGCUGCCACUAGAAAUGUAGGCAGCUGCCUCAUAAUGGGCCAUGCCAUGGGUCCAUCGAGCUCCGUCUCAUCCACACUGAGAUGAGCAGCGGUGCUCUUGACUCCAGCCCUACCUGGAGAUGCUGCGGCCAGGGAGGGAUGGAACCUGGGCCCUUCUGCGCGCAAAGCGGAUGCUCUGCCACUGAGCUACGGCCCCAUCCUGUAAGGAGAAUCUCUUACAGCACUCACAGGUAGCCACUGAUCCAAAUGCAAACCAGGGCAGACUCUGCUUAGCAGAGGAGACAAUCCAUGCUUGCUACCGCAAGACCAGCUCUCCUCUCACUCAUUUAUGAAGUUGACAGGCUGGUCGCUAUUCUCCAACCUCGCAGGGCUGUUGUGAUGAUGCACAGCAGAGGGCAUGGAGGGAACCAUGUAUGCUUCCUUGUAUUACUUGGAGAAGUUGAGAUGAAAUGUAAUAAAAUAAAUCCUAGUGGGAUAGCUAGCCACCUAUUGGCACAGUGGGGAAGUAACUUGCCUAGGGAGCAAGAAGUCGCUGGUUCGAAUCCCCGCUGGUAUGGGAAACACCUAUAUAGGGAAGCAGUGAUACAGGAAAAUGCUGAAAGGCAUCUCAUACUGCGUGGGAGAUGGUAAUGGUCAACUUCUCCUGUAUUUUACCAAAGACAAUCACAGGGCUCUGUAGGUGCCAGGAAUUGACAUCGAUUUGACAGUACAACUUUACUUUAGCGGGAUAGCUAUGUUAGUCUCUUAUACUGUUAGUCUCUUAUCCCGUGACUGUUGCUGGUGUCUAUCUUAUGUUUCUUUCUAGAUUGUGAGCCCUUUGGGGACAAGGAGCCACCUUUCUUUCUUUCUUUCUUUCUUUCUUUCUUUCUUUCUUUCUUUCUUUCUUUCUUUCUUUCUUUCUUUCUUUCUUUCUCUCUGUAAAACCACUUUGGAAACUUUUGUUGAAAAGCUGUAUCUAAAUAUUUUGUCGUUUUGUUAUACAAAUGGAAUGGGUGUUUUUUCUCUAUUGCUGUGAGGUAGGUCUGGCUGAGAGGGAAGCGACUGGCCCAGAGUCAACCAGUGAGCUUCAUUCCGGAAUGGGUGUUUGGACUCGGGUUUCCCUGGCCCGCCCAACACUCUAACCACUGUGCUACUACUGCUAACCAGUAGUGGACUCUCCUUUGCUGGUGGUUUCCAAACAGAGGCUGGACGGGCAUCUGUCAGGGAUGCUGCAGCAGUUUCCAAGACCUUUAGAGCACCUUCCAACUCUAAAAUUCUUUGGCUGACAUCCUAAGUAAACUUACUCCAAGUUCCAUUGAAGUUAAAAGGACAAAUUAGGCCCCGUAGUUUAAAUGGGACUUCCUCGAAUAGGUUUAGACAGGAUGUUGGCCUGUGAUUCUGCUUUUCCUGUUGUCAUCUUAAGCGCUGCAGUACUUUGGAAAAACCCCAAAUGGACUGUGAUUGAAUGUAUAGAGUUGCUGCUCUAGGAACUACGGAAGGCACUUCAGUGCCAAGGUGGUGCCCGCUUGCCUGAUGCCUGCCCUGCAGCAGUACUGGUCACUGAAUCUCUGUGACUAAUGCUGCAAACGGGAAUGAAUGGCAUGUGGAUGAGGGAACGGGCUUGGCUCCUGCUCCUCUCACCUGUGGCUUGUCAUGUUGGCAACAUAGUGCAGCCUGUUGUACAAUUGCCUUAGGGGGGACUUGUCUUGUCGCGCUGUGUCAAGAGGCAUUCUCGUGGAUGUAGGGCGCUGUAUAAAUGAUCAUAAUAAACCCCAUGUGGGAGGUUCAGUCUUGAAGCAGAGGAGGUUUAUAAGGAUGGCCAGAACUGGGACUCUUUCCAGGGGCUGCCUCAACAAACCUCCAAAGAAAGUUACUUAUUGAUGUUUGCGGCCGGGCAGGGGGGAGUAUCAGGCAGCACCUCUCCCUCCUCGUCUCCUUGUGACCAGCUGGCUGAUGAUUGGUGCCCUUGCCCUUGCUGUCGAGCCUGUCAGGGAUGGGCUGAAUUGAGCAAUAGCUAGCCAGUCGGGAGGAGGGACGGAGGCUGCCUGACUCUCUCCCUCCUCCUCCCGCUCCUGGAGAGGACUCUUCUUGCCUAACGCUGAGACAGAUCCUCAGAUCAGGAGCCAGAAGGAUGCCAAUGAGUCAGGGUGGGAGGGAGGGGAAGAGUGAGUGGAUGCACUGCCUUCCCUCGAGGGCCCAGUGACAUUUGCCCCCACCCCAUUGUUCAGUGUAGCUUUGGCCCUGGUUGAUACGAUACAGCUGUACUCGUUCUGGACUGGAACCUCGUGCUGGAAACCCCACAACGUGCAGGAGCUGCUCUGGCAUUGAUUGCUAGCCCUCUGAUUCUCUAGCCACAACUUCCCUCCUCGAGUAUGACAUUUGGGCAGCUGGUGGAGAGCUGAGCUGCUCGAGACCAGCCCGUCUGCAGGGAGUCUUGCCAUCGUGGCCAACAAUUGGCAGGGAAUACCAGCUCUGAGUGUGGACCCAAUCACACAAGACCACACAACAGUUGUGUUAAGCAAUCCAGAAGAAUUUAUUACUCUCUAGUUAAUGCAGGCUAGGAGAAUCCUUGCCCCGAGUAAGCAGGUGCUGAAAGAAUCGGGAAAAGUGGACCCUUUGACCUCCCUCUGAUGGGGGUGGGUGAACCAGGUCUUAGAACCCGGUUUGUGGCUUAACCAGAACCGGGGGUGGGGUGGGGGUGAACCAGAGGCACCCAAUCAGAAGUGUGCCUCUGCCCUGCUCCCCCACCCCGUUUUAUGGCAUGUGACCAGCAUCAUGAGAGCAUCUCGAAUGAGCAACCGUUGCGCAGGCUGCCUCCCCAUUUCCAUUCGUGACGGCUGCCACGUCUUUUCUUCCUCCUACCCUUUACACCAGUGUUUACGUCCUGAGCGGCCAGCAGAGAGAGACCAGAAGGUUCUCGGCCGUAUCUCCCAGAAAGCAGGGAAUGCAUAUCCUCCAGUGUCCAUUCCACAGCUGAACAGAUGGAUGUGGCUUUUAACGUAGGAAGGAUUCAUGCCCAAACCCCCUCCUCUUUGAGCCCGCCCUUCACAUAGUUGAAGCCAACACCCCUGCAAUGUUGGCACACCAGACGAUUGCCUGGUUUGCCUCUAUGACUGUCUGCUCCCAUGCUCUGGGAUGUGAGCAUGAGCUAUGAGCCACAGCUGGAGCUGCUGAUGGGAAGCACUCCCCCCCUGCACUGCUCUCCAGUGUUCCCUCUCGCAGAGAUGCCCAGAUGUUGUGGACUACAACUCCCAGAAUCCCCAGCUGCAAUGGCCUUUGGCUGGAGAUGAUGGGAGUUGUAGUCCACCACCUCUGGGAAUCCCUGUGAGAGGGAACACUGCUGCUGCUGUCCUGAGUCCAGUGCCAGGACUGGCCUGCCCACUAGGCGGGCCCAGGUGGUCCUUUAGGGCUCCAGUUCUUGGCUGUGUGGGGGGCAGGAGCAGGGGGACGCAUCUUGUCUCAGGACCCACGCCAGCCUUGCUACACCCUGCCCUGUUUAUAGAUCCUGUUCACAAGGGCUUGGGACGGCGCUUGCCAGGUGGCAGGCUGCCCAGGUAAACCUCUCCUGCCAUAAGAAGCAUACAGGUGCUGCUGCUUGGGAGCCUUUGGGGAAAGGCACGGAGGCAAAGAAAGACCCACAUGUUCCAAACUGGCUGUCCCGAGCGACAAGUUGUUCUGUUUUCCGAGAUUAGCUGUGUGUUUUUUUAAAACUCUGCAAAGCAGUAAUUCUUCCAGAGGUUUUUUUGACAGCCUGUGUGGGUCACCUUAAGUGGCGCAGCAGGGAAAUGCUUGACUAACUUAAAAGCAGGAGGUUGCCUGAGCGUCCCAUACUGUAGGCUCUACUACAGUAGAGCUUCUUGUUACUAAAGCUUUAACAACCCAGCUCAAGCCACUGGUGAAAAGGGUGUGCCUGUUGUCUACUGUGAAUGAGAAAUAAUUCCUGCGUUUGUGAUGAAUAGAGUCAGCCUAGGCUGCAAAAAACCCAAUAAGUAGCAGUGCAAUAGAACACGCCAGAGGAGUGAAGUACAACAGGGCCCCUGAAAGGGAGCGAGGAGGAGGAAGAGGAGGUGUGUGUGCCGGGAGGGGAGAGGACCUUGGGCUGAAACUAGCCGCAGUGCCUCCACGUGAGCUUGGCUGCAGUUCUGUGGCAGGACCGGGCACCAAACGCCACCAGAACUGCCUGUGCCCAACUUUGCUAAUAUUUGAGUUGUGUGCUGCUGCUGCUGCUGCUGCUGCUGCUGCUGAGUGGGCUUCCGGGAGCAGUGGCUGAAGUGGCGGCAGCAGCACCUGCCGUCCUGCCUCCCCCCCUCCUCCCCCCCCUCGAUCCCAGGCCAGCUACUUCCUGAGAGACCAGCCAGAACACCAGGAUGGCCUGAGCUGCGCUUGCAUUAUUCCAUGCGCCAGGCAGGGCUCGCUCCACCACAGCUGCGUCCCUGGAGGAAAUCCUGAACUCCUGCGGAGAAACUCCUUCACUCCUUCCUUCGUGGUUCAGAAUGAAACUUCACUUAUUAAGAAGCAAUCUGUGAAGUUAAUUCACAAUAAAUUUGCCCCCAAAGGCAAGGAUUUGGAUUCAUCAUGGCCUUUCACUACAAUGAAGCCUUCGAAAACCCGGACUAUCACUACUCUGAAACACUGGAGAUUGACCGGAUCAGAACUCCUCAAAGGAGUACUUCCUUUCACCACAAUCCUUAUGAUUCCUCUCCUUACAAUUCCUAUGAUGAUUACAGCGAAGAAGGAGAAUGGGGGCAGGAUCCAUCCACCAUGAUUGCGAUGGACUCGAUGCAAAUUCAGUCGGAUCCUGAAUACCAUCAGAGAGCGUCGGCAUUUGAGAUGCCUGGUUCAAAUCCCUAUGGAAAUGCGCAUGUUAAUCCUUCAUUUGAAUAUGAACCGGAAUUUGGAUACAUGUUACCUACUAACAACGAUGCCCUGGAUGAUCAUUAUACAGAGUCACACAGACCUUCCGAUACACCUGAUGGAAUUAGCUUCCUCCAGAGACAUAACAGGCAAGAGGCUGAUAUGGUCUUCAUGACACCUUCUAGUCUGCUUCGAUUAGACUCAGGAUACGAUGACGAGAGGCAGAAACAAGAAGAAAUUUUAAUCCGAGGUCUUGCAGAGCUGUCCACUCGUGAGAGAAUGAAAGCAAUCCAAAAGAUGCCCAAAACUAUGAAAGAAAAGAGAGAGAUCAGGAAUCAUGCUCUCAUGGAGAAAACAAAGAAGUCGCCCAGCCGCGAUGCUCAAAUUAACUGUUGUACCCAAUGUUUCUACAACACAGCUUUGCUCUUUCGACAGUUUAAAAAUGGCUUGUGGGAAUGCUUCCAGCUCUUUCAGUUUUGGCAGAAGACUCUCAAAGACAUUGGCGGCAAAUUUGGGACCAGCGUCCUUUCUUAUUUUGUUUUCCUGACGUGGCUCCUGAUGUUUAAUGUUUUCUCUUUCGUGGUGAACUUCAGCUUUAUCACAGUCCCUCAGCUCAUAGCAGCUCGCCCAAAUAACCUCUCAUUCACAGGCCUGGAGUUUUUCACAGGAGCUGGUUAUUUUACAGACACUGUGCUCUACUAUGGUUUCUAUACCAAUUCUACCAUCAUGAAAAAUGAGAACAGUUCUCCAUAUUACAUGCAGCUGGCCUAUAUUUUCACAGUAGGAAUUUAUUUCGUUAUCUGCUUCUUAAGCCUGCUCUACAGCAUGGCAAAGUCCUUCCGCAAGAACUUUGUUAAUCCUCGGAUGUACUCUGGAAAUGCUGCCAAGCUUCUUUGCAUCUGGGACUUCAAUAUAACCAACGAGAAAGCUGUGAAACUGAAACAGAGGAACCUCAGGACUCAGAUCAAGGAAACCCUAUCUGAAGUGAAUACUGAAGCCCUGAAGCUUUCCCUGUGUCAGAAGAUGGCUCACGUCUCUGUCCACCUGGCGGCUUGGGUCGUCUCCUCAUUAGCUGCAGUUGCUUCGUGUGCUGGCAUUUAUUUCUUCUCCCUCGUUAACUUGGAACUGAUUCUGGAGAAGGAUGAAUCUGAGCUGAGAAAGCAAGCUAACACUCUAGUAUUGCCCAUUGUGGUGAGUCUGGUCAACCACAUCAUGCCUUUCUUCUACUCGUUCUUUGGCUUUGUUGAGAAAUUCACAUCUCCCAGGCACCAGAUCUACACCACUAUUCUCAGGAAUGUUAUUCUGAAAAUGGCCAUCGUUGGGAUUCUCUGCUACUACUGGCUUAACAUUGUGGCCCACUCAGAGGCAGAGUGCUGGGAAACCCUGGUUGGCCAAGACAUAUACAGGCUGUUAGUGGCUGACUUCAUCUGUUGCUUGAUGGGAUCUUUCUUUGGAGAAUUUGUCCGAAGGCUCCUGGGAACAAAAUGCUGCAAAAAGCUUGGCGUGCCGGAGUUUGACAUUGCCCGAAACGUUUUGGAUUUGAUCUAUGCACAGACUUUGGCAUGGAUUGGCAUCUUCUUCUCGCCUCUGCUCCCUGCCAUUCAGAUGAUAUCAUUUUUCAUCAUCUUUUAUGUAAAAAAGGUCAGUUUGAUGAUGAACUGCCAGCCACCCCAAAAAGCUUGGAGAGCUUCUCAGAUGAACACUCUCUUCAUUUUCCUGCUUUUUUCCCCUUCCUUUGUUGGAGUCCUCUCUAUAAUCGCAGUCACUGUAUGGAGACUGCAGCCUUCUCAAACAUGUGGUCCUUUCCGAGGUCUGGUGACAGUAUUUCAGGCCAUUUCUGGCUGGGUAGCAGUACUGACCACGUAUCCCGGCUCCAUGUGGGUUGUGUGGAUUUAUCGGAACCUCAUUGAAAGCGCACAUUUCUUCUUCAUCCUGUCCGUCAUUGUUUUAGUUAUCACCUACCUGUACUGGCAGAUCAUAGAUGGCCGGAAGAUAAUGGUGAAGCUGCUGCAAGAGCAGAUUAUCAAUGAAGGCAAAGAUAAAAUGUUCUUGCUGAAGAAACUACGUGCGCUACAGGCAGCUAAGCGUCCAAAUCGGGGAGGGCAACCAGAGGUUGGUGUUAAGAAUCUGCCUGGACAGCAGACGCCAGCAUUCCCACCCAACUACGCAGAAGGUUCUCCAAGGAGGAAGGAGAGAGACUCUUACGCUGAGCCCACUGGAAUGCUUGGAAUGACCACCUUCUCUCAUGCAGCCCAAGAAGAUCGCCAGGCCAACAGGAGUGCUGGGGCUUCAGAGGCUCUUGCUCUGGCCCUGAGAGCCAGGCAGGAGGCUGAAUGGGGCCUGGAAGAGGAGGAGUCGGAGGAGUCCAGAUCAUGAAGCAGCACUUUGUUAUUUGCACCCAGGAGAUCUCUGUAGCGAUUUCCAGAAGAGCAGGAAUUCUUGCAUCAAAGAUGGCACUUUUCCACUUUCGUUUUGUUAUGCAAAAGUUGCAAUUUUGUUUUGUGACUUUGAGAAUACAGUGCAAGAUACUAAAAUCAGAAUGUAGCUCUUCACCAAGUCAGGAUUCCCUCUGAAGUCCAGGUCUUGUCCAUACUUAAGGAGACAUGAAGCCACCCUUUUCACAGAUAAAAGGCCGCCUGCUGGAUUGAUGGAAUUUAUCUCUGGUGAACAUUGCCAAGUCCAGUUCUCUAAACAUUUCUGAGAAUCUUCUACCUGAACUUCUUUAUUUUUGCUGUUCCAAUCAGAGUAUUUUUUUUAAAACAGAAAUUAUACAAUGAUAAAACCAA